AAACACAUAGCUCAUGGCCUGGUCCCUGCUGCUACCAUAGCUCCUAAACCUGCCGUUCCCCGCACCCCUCCCCCUCGUAGUCCAAACCCUUCUCCAGAAAGGCCCAGGUCUGCUCUGGCAGCAGCUGUCCUGGCCACGGCGCUGACGGGGCGCACUGUUGCUAUCCCGCAGCCUCGGCAGCGCUCGCUCUCUGAGAAUGAUUCCAGCUCUGUGGAACAAGAGUGUCUGGAGCCGUACGCCACAGCUGCGGAGCUCGGAAUGGGGCCCAACUGGAAAAUUCAUGGUAGUGACAGAUCCUCUGUGCAGUCCCUGGAAAUAUCAGGCAAUUAUGGUGAGGAUGAGGACGUGGAUACCUAUGAUUCAGAUGCUGAUAAAGAGGGAGAGUCCAGCUGCCAGAGUAAUAAAAGGAGAGAAAGCUUUAGCACCAAUGCUAUUUAUAGUGUUCCCUGCAAAAAUAAAAAGGAAGAGUUUCCAGCAUCUCCUAGUACUAAUGCUGGCAGAAAAGAGGAGCCUUCUCAUGAAACUGAGUUUCAGAUGGUGGUGGAUAAGUCAAACAUACAAACAGAAGAAGACCAAGGGCUUGGCUUGAAUUUAAAGGAAGAAAAAUCAUUACCUGAAAAUCUGUUACAUGAAAAGCCUCCACCAUCCCCAGAUGUGUCUGUUCGAGCAAGGGAAGCACGAGAAAAUAUGACUAAAGAAAAGCUCAGAGAACUAAAACAACAAAACUUUUCUCUGAACAAGGCAUACCAGGCUAUGGUCCAACAAUUUGAGGGAACAAAACAGGAAAUGGAAGAACAGCGAUUAAAGCUGAAGAGACUAGAAGAAGAAAACAGAAGACUUAAAGAACAUGCAGAGAAGUCACGUAGAGAAGAGGAGGCUACAGAAUUACUUUUUCUCAGACAACAAGCACAAGAACUGGUAGAUGAAAACGAUGCUUUGAAAAUGACGGUUCAUCGUUUAAAUGUAGAACUAAGUCGCUACCAAACCAAAUUCAGGCCACUAACCCAAGAAGAGCAUAUAAAACUGAACAGUUUACCCAUGAAAGGACCACCACCACCAUGGCUGUUGGAUAUGAAGUAUUUGUCACCUCUCCUGUUGGCAUAUGAAGAUAGAAUAAGGGAAAAGGAAGAUUUAAAUCUCGAACGUGAGGAGGACAUGAAGAAUUUUAAAGUACAAGUGGAAGAGUUGGUGAAGGAGAAUGAAGAGCUGCAUAAGCAAUUAAAUAAAAGUAACUUUAUUACCCCUACAGAAUGGCAGCAGCUGCAAACUCAGGCCAGGCUGGUCUUGGAAGAAAACAGAUUGUUGAUGGAGCAGCUUGAAAUUCAACAAGCUAAAGCAAAAGAUAGUAACAGACAACAUGUUCAAGAAGCUUCAAAAUUGACCAAACAGAUCCUGCUCUUAGAAGAUAAGAAACGGAGUCAAGAGGAAGAGAUAGCAGAGUACCAGAAGCAGUUGGAAGUUUUGAGUUCUACUUGUAAAGAGCUCAAAGCCAAAGUGGAUAGCAGAAUAGCAGCAGAGGAACACUUUGCUUUGGUGAAUGAUUUAAAAAGCCAUUUACAACAGGAGCAGGAGAAAAAGUGCUCUGAGGUGGAAGCUCUAAUGGGAGAGAUGGCAUCACUGCAAGCUCAAAACAAGAAACUGCUUUUAGAGGAAAAUAAAUUCAUGGCUGACAACAAGGUCCUGGAAACUGAGAUGGAAAUGACACAAAAGGCUAACAGGCGAUUAAAGAAGAAAAUAGGCCUGUUGAAGCUACAGUUGGAGGAAGCAGUGGAAAAAGAAGCUGCAGCCCGUCACUAUCUAACAAACCUUGUUGGUUUGGUGGAGAACAUAACUCAGGAACGUGAUCAUCUUAUUUUGCUGGCCAGAUGUUUGGAAAAUCAGAAUCAUGGUGUUAUCAAAAAAAUUGUGGAUGAUAGUCUGCGCUUAGGAAGACUGGAAGAAAAAGUUAAGGUAUAUAAAAAGCAAGCAGCUGGAAAGCUUGGAGAUAUUAGUCUCAAAAUGACUGAGCAGGAGAAAGAAUUUGCAGGGAAGACAGCUCGGUACCAGCAAGAAAUGAAGCACCUCCAGCGCCUGCUGCAAGACAAACAGGAGACCCUUGAUGAAGUGCUGCAGCAGAAGAGGAAAGUAGAAGGGGAACUUGAAGUCGUUUGGGAAUCCACAUCCAAAGAAAACAGGAGGAUGAGAGAACUGUUAUAUAAAUCCCUGAGGAAGAACACCACGUGGAGUUCUGUCACAGCUCAGGAGCUCUGCUUGGAUGAAAUCUCUCAGCAGGACCUAGCUGACAGGCGUGAUUUUAGCUACUGUGAUGUGAAACCUUUAUCCCCAACUAGAAAUGAUGUUCAAGAAGAACGUCAGUGGUAA